AAUAAACUGACCCUCAGGAAACCCCAUACUGAAAUACGUGUCCUCACUUUGACUUGAAUCCACCAACAAGAGAAAUGGCAGUCAUGAAUCCGGGCAAUGCAAGCAUUCCAAAGUUCUUCAUCCUAUUGGGUUUCUCUGACCAUCCCUGGUUGGAAAUGCCACUCUUCAUAAUGGUGCUUGUGGCUUACAUCUGCACACUAGUGGGAAACAUCUCCAUUAUUGUUGUGUCCAAGGUGGAUCCUCAUCUUGACAGCCCUAUGUACUUCUUCCUUUCCAACCUCUCCUUUCUGGACCUGUGUUUUACCACAACCACCAUCCCUCAGCUGCUGCUGAACCUCUGGGGCCCAGAUAAGUCCAUCAGCUAUGGAGGCUGUGUGGCCCAGUUCUAUGUGUUUCACUUCCUGGGGGCCACGGAAUGCAUCAUCUUGGUGGUCAUGUCCUUGGAUCGGUACAUAGCCAUCUGCAAGCCCUUGAGGUACCCAGCUAUCAUGCAUCAGAGACUCUGUGUCUUCCUAGUGUCUGUGGCAUGGAUAAGUGGUUUGACUAACUCCUUGCUUCAGGCAUCCCUCACUGUCCAACUGCCACUUUGUGGUAACAACAAGGUGGAUGACUUCCUGUGUGAGAUUCCAGUGAUGAUCAAGAUGUCCUGUGUCGACACCACUUUCAAUGUAACUAUGCUCUCUGUUGUGGGUACAUUCUUUACCCUGGUCCCCUUGUCUCUUAUCCUUGUCUCCUAUGGGUUCAUUGUAACUACAGUGCUCAGAAUUCGUUCAUCAAUGGGAAAGAAGAAGGCCUUCAACACCUGUGGCUCCCAUGUUAUUGUCGUCUCUCUCUUCUACGGGCCAGUAAUAUGCAUGUAUGUGCAACCUUCUGGUACUAACUCCCAGGACAAGAACAAACUCAUGGCCCUGUUCUACAGUCUGCUGACUCCUAUGCUUAACCCUUUUAUUUAUACUUUGAGGAACAAGGACAUGAAAGGGGCAAUAAGGAGACUUCUCCUCCCAUUGAGCUAUCAGGGAAGAGAAUAAGCACUGCUAUUUCA